AUGGGUUAAACAUUGUAAUCUGAAAAUAUUUUUUGUAAACAUGGAGGAUAUAGAAAGGGUAAUUUAGGACAUUUGACUAAAAUUGCUAAUUAUUAAAUUUGGGAUAAAUUUAAGUCUGAAUAUUUAGAAAAAACUAAUAAAAAUAAUAAUACGGAUAUAGGCUAACAUAAGAUACUAGAAUAAAGUACUGAAAGCAAAAAUAUUGACGAUAUUAAAGAAGAAAUUGGUAAUAAUGAAAAUCAUUAAAAUAAUAAUUAAGAUUUUAAUUAUGAUAUUGAAUCGUUCUUUAAUAAUUAAAAUAAUAGUUAAAUAGAUAAUAAUGAUUAAUAAUAAUGUGAAAAUGAAGAUAUUUGGAAUUUCUCUAAGCAAAGUUCUAAUGAACAAAAUAAUCAAUACAAUAAUUACGUAUCAAAUCCUCAGUAAGAAUACGAUCUUGAAAAUUAAUAUGAUGAUAAAUUGACUUAAGGAUUAUUAGGAAAUAGUAGGAUGGGAUUUAUACUUGCAAGAUAAGUUCCUUAAAAUUAUAUUUGUUUAAUUUUGUUCACCCUUGCUAUGUCAUAUAUGGUUAGUUGUACAUGUUCUAUUUUAGGAAGCUAAAAUAAUGGAUAAAAUCUUGUACUUAUUGCCGCUGUAAUGACUUUAGGAGUAAGUUUAGCUUUAACUGCUUAUGCAUUUUAUACAAAAACUGACUUCACAAUGAUGGGUGGAUUUAUAUUUUGCUUUUUUAUUGUGUUGAUUAUUUUCGGAUUUUUCGCUACAUUUAGUCAUCAAAAAACUAUUUAUAUUAUUUAUUGUGCUUUGAGUGUUAUAUUAUAUUCGAUUUAUUUAAUUUAUGACACUUAACUUAUUGCUGGUGGAAAAAAAUAUGAACUUUCGGUUGAUGAUUAUGUCGUUGGAGCUAUGAUGUUAUAUAUCGAUAUAAUUAUGAUAUUUUUGGAAUUACUCAAAAUACUAUAAGCUUCAAGAUGA